CUGUGAUGUCACAAAAAGUAUAUAUACGGCUGCAGGGAAGAAUUUCUUCCUCUAUUGUUACAUUGUAACAAACGGGGCCGGGGCGGAACGGGGAGAAAGGCGUCUUCUCGUUACGUUUGCAACAUUUUGACAACAUUCGAUUAAAAUAAGAAGUCAAAAUCCGCGUUAAUGCGAGACGAAAGCGAAGUAAGCACCGCCGACUGAACCCGCCCCGGCGAGAAAAAGGAUAAACGAACACAGAUGUCAGCGGAUUUCUACAUCGCAAGCCUAUCAGAAAGAUAAGACAUUCGGCUAAUUAUAUUAUUCCAUGUUAGGAAAUAAAUCGCCGCUAUUCAUAUGACGUCCCUAUUUCUACCGUCUGUCCUUUAAAUGGAUAGGCAUGCAACAUUUAAAUAAAACCCGCAGGUCUAGUAGACAGCUCCUGCUUUCUUCGUGUGUGCAGAACAAUGAGCAUGGAGCCUAAGUAGCCUACUAUAGUCAGAUAUAAGUGUUGCAAAUUGACAGUCACGCAAGCUUCCAGACAGAUUACUUUAGGUUACAAUUGCCCCACGGUUGCAGUCUGGAUAGUCGGUUCAGAGAUAUCGGUUUUGUACUAAAAAGGCAUCUCAUAGGGCGUUGAAAGAUUGAUGUGCAGCUCACAUUAGAAAGGGAAACGACCUACGAGUUGGUUGGAAUAAGGGUCCUUGUUUCUGCCCCAGGGUUUUAAAUCAUCCACGAGAACCCACUUUUCCCACAUCUCUGGGUUCACAUUUCCUGGUGCCCGAGUGCGUUGUCUGUGGCUGGACGUAUGCUCCUCUGUGCCCUCAGACACCGAGUUUCCAUGGAGGCAGGUUCGUCCCUCAGCCUCAAACGAAGAUAUGAAGAGGUGGACAACAGCUCUCCAUUCUCUACACCUAAGGACUCCGACGAUGACAUUUCCAGCAGUGACAGUGCUGACAGCUGUGACAGCCUCAACCCCCCCUCCAGCACUGCAUUUACCCGUAAGGAACAACCGGAGACACACGCUAAAGCCACCUCCAUCCUCAGACAGCACAAGCCGUCACUGGGGGGAAAACGGGUACGUUUUGAUGUGGUGACGGUGUAUUACUUUCCCCGGCGGCAGGGGUUCACCAGCGUGCCCAGCCAAGGCGGCAGCUCCCUGGGCAUGGCCCGUCACCACUCCUCUAUCAGACACUACACGCUGGGCGAGUUUGCCCGAGAACAGGAAACGAGCCACCGGCACACUUUACGCCAGCACCUGCGCCAAGAGAAGCUCAAUGCCCGCAAGAUGAAGCUGACAAGGAACGGCACGGUGGAGUGCGCUCAGGCAGACCUGCUGACUCUGGAGGACGUAUCAGAUGAGGACCUGGACGUGGACGAGGUGGAGGUGGACGACUGCUUCUUUCUUCAGCCGCUGCCCACAAAGCGCCGCCGAGCCCUCCUGCGAGCGUCCGGCAUCGCCCGCAUAGAUGCGCGGGAGAAAGCCGAGCUCAGAACCAUCCGCCUGUCGCGAGAGGAAUGCGGCUGUGACUGCCGCUUGUACUGCGACCCGCGCCACUGCGGCUGCAGCCAGGCUGGGAUUAAGUGCCAGGUGGAUCGAAUGUCGUUCCCAUGUGGCUGCUCUCGGGAUGGCUGCGGCAACAUGGCGGGCCGCAUCGAGUUCAACCCUCUACGCGUCCGAACUCACUACCUGCACACCAUCAUGAAGCUGGACCUGGAGAAGAGGAGGGUGCUGAUACAAGGGACCGGCGACCAGUACGCUGAAUCCGACCACAUGUCCUCCCCCUCCUCCACUUGCCCCACGUCUCCGGACCUAUCCUCCGUCGCCGGCCUGGACUCUGAGCUGGAGGAGAGCGAGGCGCAGACAGCGGCGGAGGUUCAGGAUCUCCUGGCAGAGCAGGACAUCCUGGAGCGAGAGAACGAGACGGCCGUGCUGCACCUGCAGAGCGCCGAGGAGCAGGAGAGGCGGGAGCGGGAGGAGGCGGAAGGGGAGGCGGUGCAGCCCGAGCUGGGCGCAGAGCAGCCUCUCUGCCUCCUGCCCGGGCAGGGGGAGGUGCCGGGGGUGGAGCAGGUCCUCCUGCAGGGGCCGUUCCCCACGGGGGCCACGGUGCUCUGCAUCACUGACAACCAGGAGGAGAGCCCCUCGGCCCUCCUCAAAGACUCCACUUCUCUGCUCUACUACCAGCUCGGCCCCAUACAACCGGGGGCCUUCGAUAGCCUGCACGGAGCGCAGGAGGCGGAACAGGAGGAGCGCUCGCUGGGAGAACAGGGUUCAGGAGGAGGCCAAAGGAAAGAAGAAGAAGAAGAGGAAGGAGGAGGAGGAGGAGGAGGAGGAGGAGAGGAGUCGAAAGAUGAUAAGCCUGAAGAGAUCCCCUGCAGGCCGAUUUUGGGCAAGUCUUUGACCAAUGUGAUCCUGCGCUCGGAGGGAUGCGUGGCAGUGGUGGAGGAGAGGCCCUCGAGUCCCCGGCAGAGCCUGGCUGAUGUGCAGCAGUGCCAACGGGAGGCAUGCUUGGAGGGAGGAGUCAAUCCACUGCCUCCCGAAGUUUAGCUCUAGCUUCUCUGCAGAUAUUUUGCACAAUAGCUUCAUCUAAGAUGAAAAGAAAUUACACAUUUCACAUUUAUCACUGCUAUUAUCAAGAAUUAUUACAGGUUGCAAUCUCUUGUAGUGACUGUCAUUGAAUUAUGUGGAGAAUAAGAAGUGAGUAUUACAAUACCUGAGGGAGUGGGGGGGGUGGGAUGCUGAAAGCACAUACAGACUACUCCCGAGAAGUAAUAUGGAUGCAGUUACAAGGAAACAUUGUACGUAAUUCAGUUUAGGUGUGAUCAAUACGGCCUUAAUGGAAAAACCAUUUAAAAAAAAAACACGUGUGUGUAGGAGUCAUUGGUCGAUGGGAAAGUACACAGCAAGUAGUGCUUUGUUAAUUUCCAUCGUAGCAAACAGGAAACACAAUGUGGGAAUGCUGACAUAAGCCUUUUGUUUGGUGACGAUACAAAAAUAAAAAAAAUAGCUAUCAAUGCUAAACACAAAUUGUUUUGCAGUGAGCCCGAAGCUUGUGAGUUUAGAUACCUACUUGCUCACUUUCCCUUACAGCAAACCUGUGCUGUAGUCAAGCCAAAUAAAGGCCUCCGAUAGUAUCCUCCGCUGAAAAUAGACCUAAUUAUCCUGGAAAUACUUGUUUUUGUGUACUGUAUAUGCAUUAGCAAUGUGCAAGACAGAGCCGAGGUUGCUGCUUUUUUUUUUUUUUUUUUUUUUUUUUAAACCGUACGCACAUUGUGAACCGAGGGCGAGUGUUGCGGCGCUGCUGUUAAACGAAGGAAAACUAACACAGAGCAGCGGACCAACACUGGCCUUAGUUAUUGCUCUUGCUCACCUCGCGCUGCUUGUGCAAAUGCAGUUGAUUUGUCGACAAAAACCUCUAGUUUACCUGUAGUUCCAAUGCCUAUGAUAUUACUUAUUAUUUCCUUGAGUAAUGUGUCUUUUGUGGAUUAGAUACUGUUGGUUUGAAGUCCUGAGUCUUUUGUUUUCUUUUGUUUUGUUUUUUUUGUUUUUUUUUGAGUGAAAGGAGAUCUUUUAUACUGCUAUACCGUAACCCCAUGUAGUCAUGUCAUGUUAUUAUGAUGAAAUGCCAGGAUAGAUCUUCCUCAGGCCUCUCCUCUUUUAAUGAAUUAUACUACAUUAUGAGGAAGAGAGGAUUCUGAAUCAAAUCACAUUGCAUAUGAAGAAUAUAGCAUUGAAAGAGUCAAAGAAAGUAGUUAUACAAAGUGAUGUGAUGUUACUAACUUAUGAAACAGAUUGACAACGACCUGACUUUGUAUAUUUUAGUGUGUGUGUGUGUGUGUGUGUGGGGGGGGGGAGUAUAUUAGUGAGGAUACAUAUUUUAUUCCUGAAAGGUGCUGAUGUUACAUAUUUACGAUUCGCUGUUUGUUUGUUUUCUCUCUCCACCAUCACGAGAAAUAUGAUUUCACAGAGAUGUUCCUCGAUGACUGAUGUUUAGAAGUAAAAAGUGUUGCAGAGUCUCUCGUAGAAACGCAAUAGCUACUGCACCGCAGAUGAUUAAUGUGGAGAUUCUGGAAUGAGGCGUUUUGUCAUUUUGUCAUUGAGUAUGUAAAUGCAAUCGUAUAACAUUGCCUGUCUUUAAAUGUCUUUUUUAAGCGAUGUCUGAUUAAUACUGAUCUGCAUAAGUGUGCCGACUCCUCUUACACAAAAUCGGUCCUUUGUUUUGUUGCCUACAAUUACAGCUGUUGCUUUUGGCGACGGCUCGCCGAACACAGGAUGUGCUGCUGUGUAUGAGAUGUCUGAUGUGUUUCUUUGCCUUUUUUUUGUAUUGUCUUAAUAUAAAUCUGCUUAAGAGUUGCACCAAAGCAGUGGUUUCAACCCUAAUUAGAUGACGCUUUGAACCAUCAGAUUGAAAAAAAAAACAACAAAAAAAAAGUGAGGCUUUAGAUUUAUUGUGGCCCGUUGUGUGUUCGCGUGACUUGCCUCAACAUAGUACCAUCUUUAAAGCGACGAUGAUUAAAAGCUGCCUAUUGUUGAGCUUUUGUCCUUGGCUUUCUACUAAUAGACCUAGGUCUGGGACCACUGCAUCCAAUUAACUCCAGUACACUAUGUGAUUGUGUGUUUCUCUGUGUGAAAGGGGUGUGUGAUUGUUAGAAAAGACUGAUAUGUUUAGACUUCACCUAAAAGCUGUGAGAACUACUCUCAUGCUAACUGUUGCCUAAAGUGGA